AUGGUCCUAGACAAGAAAAACAUGCAGAAAGAUAAUGGCGGAAGGACUUUUGAAGACAAGUUACUCUCGUUACAAACAUCAAACUUUCUCGAUAGAAUGGUCUUCAACUUCAUACAGGAGAUCUCGAUCAUCGGGUUCCGAUACUGUUUCGAUAAGAACCGAUCCAAAAUGCGCAGACUGAUGUGGAGCAUGUUGAUCCUGCUCGCUAUUGGCCUGGCUGGAUAUCAGAUCUGUGAUAGGAUUGCCCUCUACACAAGUUACUCGACAACAUCUGACAUAAACAUGAUCAAUGCAAAUACUCUGGACUUUCCACAAGUGACAAUCUGCAACGAAAAUGCCGCCAGGAUGAGUGUGGCCAAAAAAUACGGUAUGUUCCAUCGUGGGUCAUUCUGGGUCACAGCUGAUUAUAACUUCACCGUGACAAGGGCUGGCUCAUUCUACGGGCUAACCCUUGCCCUCUUUGCCAACCAACUUGAUUACCUGGGCACGACAUCCCCCUCUGCUGGCUUCAGGCUCCUGUUACACGAUCCAGCUGAAUUUCCUUUGAUGCAAGAAUCGGCCAUCAAGUUAUCACCAGGGUUCAUUACAUCCGUCUCGGUUGCUUACAGUACGACGAAGAGACAACCUCCCCCGUACGGUAUCUGCCUGGACAGGCCCAACUACCACCAGACAGAUUGCAUCAUGAAGUGUGAGGCCCAGUACGUCUACGAGAAGUGCGGAUGCAAGUUCUUCUACGAGAAAGAUCUAGUGGCUCCGAUAUGCGAUUUCGUUGAAUUGUACAAGUGUGCGCAGACUGCACUCUUCAAGUUCAACAACGAUCUGACGAUGAAGGGAGCCAGGAGUUGCAACUGCCCACCGCAGUGCGUCAGCAACACCUACCAGCUGACCGUCUCCCAGGACAUCUUCUCCAACAGGUUCGCCACUCUGGCUAGUAACUUCACGGCUGUUAAUAACGUUAGCCUGCCGGUCACGCUCAGCAAGCAAGUCAUCAUGGAAAAUUAUGUCGCCGUCCAGGUCUACUAUUCGACUAUGCAAUACUUUUCAAUAACAACAAACCCUGGCUACUCCUUUAUGGGCCUGCUAAGUGACAUUGGAGGGGCCCUGGGUCUCCUUCUUGGAGCAACCAUCCUCACUUUCGUCGAAAUUGCCGAAUUUGUUUGGGAGCUGGCCUGGUUCUGGUACAUCACUAGGUUUGCCAAAGAUGACACGAAGGAGAACAAAGUGAUCGUAGUGCACAAAACCAAACAGACGAAGAUUAUCCCAUUCUUUGCGGAUUAA